AUUUUUUCCACAUGUUUAUAUAUUACGUCUGCGGCCAGCAGUUGUUUUAUAGUAGUUACAGUUUCUUUAUGAGAACUUAAAUUGAGGAUUUUGCUGUUUUUCACUGGCGAUGGACGCUACCUCAGCAUCCAGAUCUCUGCACCCCUACUGGCCCAGGGAUCUUGUGAUCCCUUCCUAUGUGGCCAAUGAUCGAUCCAUGGCAGAGAUCCUGGCGUUUCUCUUUUCUGUGUCCGGAGUCUUUCUUCUAGUGACUUGGAUGAUCACUGGCCGGCUGGGGGCAUGGAGGCGUCUGGCUGUGUGCUGGUUUGCUGUUUGUGGUUUCAUCCACAGUGUCAUUGAGGGCUGGUUCUCACUCUACCAUGAUGUCAUUCCAGGAGACCAGAGCUUUCUGUCACAAUUGUGGAAAGAGUACUCCAAAGGCGACAGUCGAUAUGUAAUAGGUGAUAAUUUCACAAUUUGUAUGGAGACUGUGACUGCAUGGCUAUGGGGACCGUUCAGCUUUUGGGCCGUGUUUGCCUUCUUAACUAACAAGCCCUACAGAUACGUCUUGCAGCUCGUACUUUCACUUGGUCAGCUGUACGGAGCGGUGCUGUAUUUCUUCAUAGAGCACAGAGAAGGCUACUCUCACAGCGAGCUCGGACACCCCGUCUACUUCUGGUUCUAUUUUGUGUUUCUGAACUUUUUGUGGAUAAUUAUACCGCUGGCGCUCAUCGUGGACGCAUGGAGACAAGUGACAGCGGCUCAGAGACAUACAGAUGGGAUUAAAAAGCAGAAGAAACAUUAGGAGGACAUGUGAUUAAAGGACACACUGAUGCUAUACAAGAGACUGGAUUAAUUAUAAUUAUAAAAUAAUUAAUUAAUUAUUUCACAAUAUAAUUAUAUUAUAUAAUAUUAAUUAUAGGUUAGCGCGCAGACCUCACAGCUAGGAGACCAGGGUUCAAUUCCCACCCUCGGCACAUCUCUGUGUGGAGUUUGCAUGUUCUCCCCGUGCAUGCGUGGGUUUUCUCCGGUUUCCUCCCACAUUCCAAAAACAUGCUAGGUUAAUUAGCGACUCCAAAUUGUCCAUAGGUAUGAAUGUGAGUGUGAAUGGUUGUUUGUCUAUAUGUGCCAUGUGAUUGGACCACGCCUCUCGCCCGAAUAAGACAGCUGGGAUAGGCUCCAGCACCUACUGCUUUUUGUGAGGAAAAGCAGUAGAAAAUGAAUGAAUGAAUGAAUGAGUUCUCCUAUUUUGUGUGGAAGUGGUAACUUUUUGGCUACUUAUUUUGUCUUUCCCCACCCUCGGACAUUUCUGUGUGGAGUUUGUGUGUUUUUUUUUUCCGGGUACUCCGGUUUCCUCCCACAUUCCAAAAACAUGCUAGGUUAAUUAGCCACUCCAAAUUGUCCAUAGGUAUGAAUGUGAGUGUGAAUGGUUGUUUGUCUAUAUGUGCCAUGUGAUUGGACCACGCCUCUCGCCCGAAUAAGACAGCUGGGAUAGGCUCCAGCACCUACUGCUUUUUGUGAGGAAAAGCAGUAGAAAAUGAAUGAAUGAAUGAAUGAGUUCUCCUAUUUUGUGUGGAAGUGGUAACUUUUUGGCUACUUAUUUUGUCUUUCCCCACCCUCGGACAUUUCUGUGUGGAGUUUGUGUGUUUUUUUUUUCCGGGUACUCCGGUUUCCUCCCACAUUCCACAAAAAACAUGCUAGGUUAAUUAGCGACUCCAAAUUGUCCAUAGGUAUGAAUGUGAGUGUGAAUGGUUGUUUGUCUAUAUGUGCCCUGGGAUUGGCUGGCCACCAGUCCAGGGUGUACCCCGCCUCUCGCCCGAAGACAGCUGGGAUAGGCUCCAGCACCCCCCGCGACCCUCAUGAGGAAAAAGCAGUAGAAAAUGAAUUAAUGAAUGAAUAUUAAUUAUAUAUUAUAUAAUAUUAAUAUAAAUAUUAUAUAAUAUAUAAUAUUAUAUAAAAUAUAAUAAAAUAAAUUAUCUGUGUGUGGAAUUUGCAUGUUCUCCCUGUGCGUGAAUCGGUUUUCUCUGGGUACUCCAGUUUCCUCCUACAUUAAAAAAAAAACAUGCUAGGUUAAUUGGCGACUCCAAAUUUCCCAUAGGUAUGAAUGUGAGUGCGAAUGGUUGUUUGUCUAUAGCUGGGAUAGGCUCCAGCAGCACAGAAAUGGA